AUUUUGCAGCAGCAGAAUCACGGCAGCGACUCCUUCGUUGUCGCGCCCGGCGUCUUGCUGCUUCCGGCCAUACCGGAGCACGGAGGAGCGGCGCGGUUCGCGGCGGGGAUGGAGGCGGUGAAGAGCCUUCUGAAGCCAAAGCCGACGCCGCAGCAGCAGCUGCGCGAGUGGCAGCGCCGCCUCCGUAACGAGGGCCGCAACAUCGAGCGACAGAUCCGAGACGUGGAGAAGGAGCAGAAGAAGGUGGAGAAGGCCAUCAGGGAGGCCGCCAAGCGCGACGACAUCGGAUCGGCCAAGGCGCUGGCCAAAGAGGUGGUUCGGUCGAGGAAGGCGGUCAACCGGCUCUACGAGAACAAGGCCCAGCUCAACUCCAUCUCCAUGCACCUUGGCGAAAUUGUCGCCACUACCAGAACAGUGGGUCAUUUGUCCAAGAGCACCGAAGUGAUGAAGCUUGUCAACAACCUUAUGAAAGCCCCAGAGGUAGCUGUCACUAUGCAGGAAUUCAGCAAAGAGAUGACAAAGGCUGGUGUCAUCGAAGAAAUGGUGAAUGACGCGGUGGAUUCAGCACUGGACAAUGAGGACAUGGAGGAGGAGAUUGACGAGGAGGUUGAUAAGGUCCUUUCUGCAAUUGCCGGGGAGACUGCUUCCCAACUUCCAGAGGCUGUCCGGAAAGAAAAAGAGCAGGUCACGCAACCUUCGACAAGUCAACCUGUAGAGAGAACUGCUAUAGCAGAAUCUGUUGAUGAUGGCGACGAGGAUGAGCUAGAAAAGAUAAGAGAAAGGCUCGCUAAAGUGAGGUCAUAAAAGACAAUUGAUGUGUUCACAUGUAUAAUAGUCCAUUUGAUAAUGUAUGUUUGUAUGAUACACAAGUUGACAGAUGACUUUCUUUGUCACUGACAAUCUAAUUCAUUCACCCACAUUCACCGGCGUAAACUUGUCAAA